ACGAUUGACUUGUUAAAGGAAUCCUUGUCCACCCAUUAACGCAAUCGAAGUAGUAUAAAAGCGCCUUUAGAAGAGAUUCACGACCAGGUUCUUUCUGUGUCUAACCAGAGGAUUAUCUCUCUCAUCCCUCAUCAUGUUGUCCAAGGUCCUUCUUUGCUGCCUUUUCGCCUAUGCGGCUGCCGCAGUGGUUGAAGAAUACCCUCCCCAGCCAUACAGCUUCGCCUACGACAACACCGAUGAGUUUGGCACCCGCAUCGCCCACGAGGAGAGCGCCGACGCCAACAACGCCAGAGUGGGAUCCUACAGCUACACCGAUGCCGCCGGAACCGCCCGCACCGUGAAGUACACCGCCGACGCCAGCGGCUUCCACGCCACCGUCGAGACCAACGAGCCAGGCACCAAGAGCUCAAACCCCGCUGACGUUCAGGUCGCCUCCUCUGCUGUCGAGGGCCCAGCCCCGGUCGUCGUGAAGGCCGUUCAGCCUACCCCAGACACCGUCCACGCCGUUCACGCUGCUCCAGUUGUUCACGCCAUCCACGCUGCUCCAGUGGUUCACGCCAUUUCCCACGCACCCAUCUCCUCCUUCGGACAAGCUAAGAGUGCCUAAAUAUAGGUUUAAGUUAAAAUAAACCUCACUGUGACAUCUUUA